ACAAUCUACUGUGUCACACAAAACAACUUUCACAAUCUUUCGUUUGUAAAUUUUUGUCGGUUCUUUUAUGAACCACGCCAGAAUCAUGAAUACCCAGAAUAGAAGUUGCUUCCUUCUUCCUUCCGUCCCUGGAAUCAAGGGGUUUACUUGUGCACAACAAGCUGGCGUCUUAGGCGGGUUUCUGUUUAGCUCUUGAGCUUGAUGAUACUGUAAGGGGGAAAGUAAGAGAUGGCUGCUGUAAGCAAAACUAGAAAUAUGCUUGAAGGUCUGGUAAGAGAAGGAUCAAUCAAAUGGUUGCUUGGUCGGCAAACUCCCUUCCGUGAGGAAUUUGAGGAGAUGGAUAGGUCUCCAUCUGGCGGGAGGAACUUUAUACCAGAGCUCUCUCCUAUUGCUAAUAUAAUUGUGCGCAGAUGCUCAAAAAUCCUAGGUUUUUCUUCAAGCGAGCUUCAAGAAAGCUUUAAUGCUGAGGCAUCUGAUUUUGUUAAGCAUCCAUCACAAUAUGCAAGGAACUUUUUGGAAUACUGCUGUUUCAGAGCUCUUGCUUUGUCUACACAAGUAAUGGGUCAUCUGGCAGAUAAAAGGUUCCGGCGCCUAACAUUUGACAUGAUGGUGGCGUGGGAGGUCCCAGCAGCAUCCAGUCAACCUCUGCUUAAUUUAGGUGAGGAUGUAUCAGUUGGGUUAGAGGCCUUUGCGCGACUAGCUCCAGCAGUUCCAAUUAUUGCUAAUGUGAUUACUAGUGAAAAUCUUUUUGAGGCUCUUACUGCACCAACUGGUGGUCGGCUUCAUUUCUCCAUCUAUGACAAGUACCUAAAUGGACUAGAACGAGCAAUAAAGAAGGUGAAAUCCCAAUCAGAAUCGUCUCUUCUAUCUGCAUUUCGGUCGUUAAGAGCAGAAAAGGUACUUGAAGUUGAUGGGACAUUAACCACCCAACCAGUUCUUGAACAUGUUGGAAUAUCAACUUGGCCAGGUCGAUUAAUUCUAACGGAUCAUGCACUGUAUUUUGAAGCACUUCGUGUUGUAUCUUAUGACAAGCCAAAAAGAUAUGACUUAGCAGAUGAUUUGCAACAGUUUGUUAAACCUGAGUUGACUGGACCAUGGGGUACCCGACUUUUUGACAAGGCAGUACUGUACAAAUCUAUAUCCUUAUCACAACCAGUUGUUAUGGAGUUUCCUGAGCUUAAAGGACAUACUCGCCGUGAUUACUGGCUAGCAAUAGUCAGGGAAAUUUUAUAUGUUCACAGAUUUAUAAAUAAGUUUCACAUCACAGAAGUCGAAAAGGAUGAAGCACUUUCAAAGGCUGUACUUGGAAUUUUGCGAAUGCAAGCCAUUCAAGAAAUCAGUUCCUUAAGCCCAGUUCGCUUUGAGUCUCUUCUCAUGUUUAAUCUAUGUGAUCAACUACCUGGGGGAGAUUUGAUACUGGAGACUCUUGCAAAUAUGUUUACUUCAAAAGAAUCAGACCAGACUGAUAAUUCUGCAGCUGGAAGCCAAAUGUACUCAAUCUCAGCCUUGGCCUCAGUUUCCAACCUAGGAUUUAUGUUUGGAUCAAGUUUGAGUAAUUCCAGUGAGACUGGGCUUGUUGUCGGUGAGGUAUCUGUGGGUGAGAUGAGUGUAUUGGAAAAAGCAGUUAAGGAAUCAAGGGACAACUAUCAAAAAGUAUUGCAAGCUCAAGGAACAGUUGAUGAAGUUAAAGUAGAUGGUAUUGACACUAAUUUGGCAGUGAUGAAGGAAUUACUUCUUCCCUUAAUGGAAGUUGGGAAUGGACUUCUUACUCUGUUUUAUUGGGAUGAUCCUAGAAAGUCUUUGGUGUUCUGUUUGCUUUUUGCCUUCAUAAUUUGCAGGGGGUGGCUGAGCUAUGCCUUUGCACUAAUGCCUCUCUUUCUUGCGGCCUUUGUGGUGCUUACUCGAUGUUUCAAUCAAGGGAGGCCUGUAUAUGAAAUUAAGGUAAUAGCGCCUCCACCCAUGAACACAAUGGAGCAGCUUUUGGCCGUACAGAAUGCAAUUUCUAAGGUAGAGCAGCUUAUCCAAGAUGGGAACAUUGUUCUUCUCAAGUUUCGUGCCUUGUUAAUGUCCAUUUUCCCGCAGGCAAGUGAAAAAUUUGCCAUGAUUCUCAUGUUUACAGCCUUGAUUCUGGCCUUGAUGCCCAUUAAGUACAUAGUUCUCCUGAUCAUUUUGGAGAUGUUUACGUGGUACUCCCCUCCAAGGAAAGCAAGCACAGAGAGAUGGAUGAGGAGAUUGAGAGAAUGGUGGUUCAGCAUCCCGGCAGCUCCUGUAAUUCUUGAAAGAGAAAAGGAAGAUAAAAAGAGAAAGUGAUACUUGAGCAUUUUGUACAUGUGUUUAGAAAAAUACUUUUGUAUAACAGAAUUGUGAAAAGUGUAGAUCUGAGAAAUAGAGAAAGGAAUGAAAAAUAAGACAACAAAUAAGUUAUCUUGGAAGUGUUGGGAAUAGAGAUGAUGUCCAGAAUGCCUUUCGUCCUCUUUUCUACUUGGUCCAGGAAAGGAAAUGAUGGGAAUGUUCUAAAAU